GCCAUGGUAAAAUUUUCCCUUUUUAGUUGUGAGCGGUGGAGAAUUGUGUGACGUGGAACACGAUACAUUCGAUGUCUGUACAUUACAGGUCCUUAUUAUAGGUAACUGAGAAAGAGCAAAUCUUAAACCAAAGGAAAUUAUAGUUCAUUUUAUGGCCAUGUCUAUGUCCCUUCGACUUUGUUUUCGACCCUCCAUUUCUGGCUUAAAGAAUAAAAGGGAUUUGCUGGGCUUAGAAUUGGCAGCUGAUCAAUCGAGUAACCCGAUGGGGAAAUGGUUUGCUGGAGUAAAGAAGUUCAUUCCCUUCAGGGGAUAUGUUAAGUUUGUGCAAACAACAGCAAGAAUAUCGUUUCCAAAGAUCUCAUCAGAUAUUAAAGAUAAAGAACCUUCAAAUAUUUUGAGUCACAAGAAGAUGGCUCCUUAUUCGGAUCCCCCUAGCAUGCAAGAUGUAGACAGUUUGUAUGAUUUCUUUGAUAGCAGUACCAAGCUUGUUGUAUUGACGGGAGCUGGCAUGAGCACAGAGAGUGGAAUUCCAGACUACAGAAGCCCAAAUGGAGCUUAUAGCACAGGUUUCAAACCAAUUACCCAUCAGGAGUUUAUCCGAUCAAGCAAGGCUCGAAGGCGUUAUUGGGCACGGAGCUAUGCUGGCUGGAGACGGUUCACUGCUGCUCAACCUAGUACAGGUCAUACAGCUCUAUCAUCUCUUGAGAAAGCUGGCCAUAUAAGUUUUAUGAUUACACAGAAUGUGGACAGGCUGCAUCACCGGGCUGGCAGCAAGCCACUUGAAUUGCAUGGGACUGUCUACGUUGUUGCCUGUACAAAUUGUGAUUUUACUCUACCUCGAGAUCAGUUUCAAGAUCAAGUGAAGGCUCAUAAUCCCAAGUGGGCAGCAGCUAUUGAAAGUUUGGACUAUGACAGUCGAUCAGACAAGAGCUUUGGAAUGAAGCAAAGGCCUGAUGGGGAUAUUGAGAUUGAUGAGAAAUUCUGGGAAGAGGAUUUUUACAUUCCUGAUUGUCAGAGAUGCCAAGGAGUUCUGAAACCUGAUGUUGUCUUCUUUGGGGAUAAUGUCCCCAAAGCUAGGGCUGAUGCUGCCAUGGAAGCUGCAAAGGGAUGUGAUGCCUUCCUUGUACUUGGUUCAUCUUUGAUGACCAUGUCUGCUUUCCGGCUUAUCAAAGCUGCGCGUGAGGCAGGUGCUGCUACGGCAAUUGUAAAUAUUGGUGCUACACGAGCUGAUGAUCUUGUACCUUUGAAAAUUAGUGCUCGAGUUGGAGAGAUACUUCCAAGAUUGCUUGAUGUUGGAUCCUUGAGUAUCCCUGCUGUCUAGUUCCUGAUUCAGAACAGUGUUAAUAAAUCGCAUCCAGAUUCUUUUCAUCAGUUGCUGCAAUGGAUUGUAUACUUGGCCAGAACAUGCAAGUUUUCUGCAUUUCGCGUUUUGUAAAAUCACUAUAUCCAUCCUGAUGUUGUUUGUAAUUCUUAAAAAUGUACUGCUCAAGGACCACACAUUCUCCAAUGACACCUUCAUCUGCGGACUUCUGUAUUUCAACAUAGUUCGACUAUUUAGAAAUGGAUAUCAAGCUUUUUCUGCAA